AUGUCUCUUCACGGAAUCCUCGUCGCUCUUAUCACCCCAUUCAACGAUGACCAGACUGCCAUCGAUGAAGGUCGUCUCCAAGCUCACAUUGAGCACCUCAUUAAGGCCGGCGUGCACGGUCUCGUCCCCGGUGGCAGCACCGGAGAAUUUACCACAAUGACAGUCGCCGAGCGAAAGCAGCUGACCGAGCUCUGUGUCAAGUUUGCCGCUGGUCGCGUCCCCGUUGUCGCAGGAACGGGCAGUCUCUCCUCCACCGAGGCCGUUGAGCUCUCCGCACACGCAGCCAAGGCCGGUGCCGCUGCCACUAUGGUCGUGCCUCCAUUCUACGACCCCGUCACCCUUGAGGAGCUCCACGAGCUUCUCGAUGAAGUUCACAAGGCCUCCAACCUGCCUAUUGUCUACUAUAACAUCCCCGGUGCAUCGGGCCUCAAGCUCACUCCCACUGAGAUUGCCGGACUUUCCAAGGUCGGUGUUAAGUAUCUUAAGGAUACCUCUGGCGAUGCACCUGCACUGACGGAGCUUAUCUUCAGUCUGUCUGAUCAGAUUACCUCUUUCAAUGGUUGGGAUACUUUGACAUUCUACGGCCUUACCGCUGGUGCCCCCGGUGGUGUCUGGGGUGCUGCAAACAUCAUCCCCGAGUUGGCUGUUGAGCUCUAUAAUGCAGUUGCAGUGAAGGGUGACUUGAAGCUCGGACGUGAGCUCUGGGCCAAGGCUUUCCCUAUCUGCAAGUUCCUAGAGUCACACAGCUACUCCGCGGCUGUCAAGACCGGUGUUGAAUUGAUUGGCCAGCCUACCGGUGGUCUGCGCAAGCCCUUCGCUCUUCUUAAGCCUGAGUUGCGCGCUGAGUUGAAGCAGCUUUUGGAAAAGGCCGGUGUUAAGACUGUCUAA